CUUGGCGCAGGCACGGUCCGGGGUGGGAGCAGCCCCGCCGCCUCCGUCUCUUCCCCCGCAGCCCCAGUGCCAUGGCCAGUGUGGCAGCUCGGCGUUGACGAUGCUGCUGGGCACCCCGCGGGCGGGCGGCUGGGAUCGCGGCCGGGUGGGCGAGAGGCUGCAGGCGGCCCUGGCCGGUCUCCAGGAGCUCCAGGUGCUGCGGGAGAAGCAGCGGGAGCUGGUGCGGGCCGCCCUGGCCAUGCCGCAGCGGCCGGCGGCGGGCGGAGGAGAGCAGCCGCGGUCAGCCCGCAGCAAGGAGCACCGGCUAGAGGCCACCCUCACCGCGCUUAAGGAGCAGCUGUCUCGUUUGAGGAGACAGGAUGUCGGCUUGAAAAGCCACCUGGAUCAGCUAGACCAACGAAUAAGUGAGCUGAAAUUGGACGUCAGUAAGACCUCCAGUGAAUACUUGGAUAGUGAUAGCCGGCCCAGUUCAGGCUUCUACGACCUGAGUGACGGUGGUUCUUGCUCACUCUCCAAUUCUUGUACCUCUGUGUACAGUGAGUCUAUCUCCUCAUCUCAUACCAGUCUCUUGCCCAGCUCUCAGCACCCAAGAGCAAGGCUCAGUGUGUUUGAUUACCGACCCAAGUCUGCAGAUGAAACUACUGUGCACACCACCAGCUUCCAACAGCAAGGAACCUAUGACAGCGACGGAUGUCGGCUUACAGCUAGCACAGAUAUUUCUGGGACUCCUGCCAGGUCCCGACCAAGGCCAGUUUCCACAGGUGACUUGGAAAGACUCAUUCCAGCAGACACUAGGUUUCAGAAAGAGACAGAUCCCAAAUCCAUGUUGCCUCUAUGCCACACUGGAGACGUGGACCCCAAAUUCCAGAGUGACUUGGUCUCCAAGAAUGGCAUUGAUGUGUAUCCUUACCCAAGCCCCCUUCAUGCAGUGGCUUUACAAAGUCCACUUUUCUCCCUGAUGGGGACAUACCCAGAAACAGACCUCCAGGCUCCUCCCAGCAAACCCACGCCUAGUGCAACAGGUCCCAUCUUGAUUAGGACUAGGCCAACCCCUGAGGCCAAGCCAGGGGGUUACAUCAAUAAAUUACUGCAGCUGACAAGAUGCAAAGGGAACAAUCGGUCUGAUGCCAGUGAGUGGGUUUCAACAAAGACCCAGCCAGCCACAAUACACCAGAGACUCAUUAUAACCCCCAGUGCUGGUGGAGUAAAAAUUAACAGCAGCAGCAGCCAGCUGGAAAAACAAGCAAGUUCUCCAGAAAGUAACAAAGCUGAAGGGAAGCUGCAGAGAGAGGUGCCUGAGGGGGAAUAUGCCAAGCAGCAGGAGACCAUGCACUGUGUGAAUGAAGAGGAGCCAUCCACUCAGCCUGAUGCAGAGCCAUCAGCUGUGAAUAGUUAUUAUCCUGCCAGGUCAGCGAGGGGCUCUCCUCUGGCAGAAGCAACAGAGAGCAGUGUGGAGCUGCUGUGCCAGGAGGACUCCAGCCCAGGCACCUGGAACUCUAAAGCUGUCCCACCCAGAAAGCUGCCUCUCAAAAAAUGUGGCAAUGCCAAAUUGGCUAACGCCAGAGGUCACGAGCGAGUGGCACAGAGUGAGUUUGUUCAUGCUCAGUUUGUCCCUGCAGAAUCCCACCAAGUCCGGGUCAAAUUUGCUAGCUCCAAAACAAAGGCAGUGAAGAUAAAGAGGAGGAACAGUGAAAAAGUACUACGGCCUGGGAGGCAAGCCUUCUGCAUGGAGAAGACGAGAGGGUCCCAUGGGGCUGUCAGGCUGCCUACUGAGUGGAAUCAGCCCCAAAGACCACAUGGAGCAAAAAGCCUCGUGCGGAGACCUUCACAUUCUGGUGAUGUGACUGGCAGGUCAUGCUCAGAGUCCAGCCUGUUCCCUGUGCAGGUCAGGCUCCCCACCGUGCCAUCCAGGCCAGAGCUCUACAGAGCCUCUGCCAAUGCGCUAUAUGACGUAGACACUGCCAACAAGAAGAAGCAGCGCAAAUGGCAGUCCACAGUGGAGAUCUCUGCCAAGGCCCAGCUGGCCAGCCUCUCUAGUAGCUUUGGCCUGGGAGCACCGAGGCAGCCAGCAAGGAGGGCGGGUGUCCUGCGCACUGUCAGUAUGAGGACUCGCUCCAAAAGUCAGCGCCACGGAGCUUAUGCCAAAAGCGAGUCAGACCAUUCUGAGUACUCUGCAGAGUGCACAUCCCUCUUUCACUCCACCAUCGCAGAGACCAGCGAGGGAGAGGUCAGUGAUUUCACCACUAACCGUUUCGGGGACAGCGAGUCUAGUGAAAGCGAUUCAGAUGGCAGCAGUAACAGUAGCAGCCUCACCCUUGACUAUGAUGAGGGGGAUGAAAGUGAGCUGAUUUGGCCUGAAGGUUCUGUCAAGCAAUCGGGGACUGUCCAGACCUCUUCCAAGUCUCUGCCUCCAGUGCCCAAAAUCUGUCGCAUCAAAGCUUCAAAGGCACUAAAGAAAAAGAUUAGGAGAUUCCAACCUGCCUCUCUGAAGGUCAUGACGAUGGUUUAAGGGAGAGCAAGCAUCUGUUUCUUACAGUGAGAUAUCCUGCUGGCUCUCAUUUGCAAAACAAGAGAGCCCAUGUGCAGAGAAAAGGAUUUGCUUAAAUGAACUGUGAAUAACCCCUGAAUCAACACAAGGGAUCUUGUUUGUUAAUGCCUGGACAUAAAUGUCACUGUAUCUAAUUUCCUCUUUUGCCAUUUAUUCUGUAAAUAUGGAUCUAUGUAUAUUGUGUGAUGCCUUUUUUUUUUUUUCUACUAUGCAGAAGGUACACCAUGGUGAAAAUGAGAACAACCUCUGCCAAUAAGAUUUUACAGGCAGGCUUUGUUGACUGUAUGUACCCACGGAAUCAGUCUGACACAUAAAGGAUUCCCAAAAAGAGGGACUCUUUCCAAAUGGAUAGCAUCCCUCCCUCUUGUGAGGAAUUCUUUGCAAUCUGAAGUCUGCAUUAACUGUCCAGCUGUCACUGUGCUCAAAUGGAAAAGCUCUCAGUGUUUUCCAUGUUUUACUUAAUUUCAAAUCAACCCUUCCAAACAUCAGGACAAGUCUGUUCCAUAAAAACAUGCUAUGUCUAGUCAAGAAGGCAAAUGUAUUUAUGAAUGAAAAUGUGACUUCAAUUUGCUUCCUGUUUUCAAAACUGAGCGAAUAGGGUUUUUUCAUUUCAGACUCCCUCUUGAUGAUGUUCCAUGUUAAUGUUCAUUUGUUGAACGGCUGAAAGAACAUGAGGGCACGGUGCCACAGCAUGUGAAUAGCUGGGACAGAUCAUAGCUUUGC